AAGUAAAAUGAAACAGAUUUGAAUUUGUUGUGUUGACUGCAAAUGCAUUCUUUUCGCUUAUUUAUUUAUUUGAUUCAAAUAUUUAAAUAAACAUAAAAUAAACAAUUACAAUGGAACUAAAUAACACCAUACAACCUAUUUGUCAAGCUUGUCUUAAAUAUUCCACAGAAUACAUUGAAAUGAACACUCCAAUUAUGGGCAGAAGCGUUGAAGAAUCUCCAACUUAUUUGGAAUGCUUCAGAGAAUGUACACAACUAGACAUUGCAGGAGAGCAUACAAAGCAUAUUUGUAUUCCAUGCUCCAAAGAACUACAUAUUGCCUAUGGUUUUAUAGUCAAAGUCAGAAUUGCACAUGGUAUUCUAAAUAAACAAAACGUUAACCAAAAUCAUAAUUGGAAAGAGCAGGGUAGUGAGAUGAAUGCUGCUGCACACGCACACCAAAAUGAACCGGCCUACAGUUAUUUUGACUUGGAUAAACUUGUCAUAGAAGAGAUCAUUGAGAAUCCUCAGCAGCCUGGUGUGCAAUUCAAUUCAAAAUUCCACCCGUCAUCUUCGGUUAAUGCAUCUCGUCAAUCCAAUGUUACUGAAGAAAAAAUUAAAAAAUCCCCUAAAACCAACAGUAGAAAAAGAAAAGCUAACAAUAAUAAAACCGUCACAUCUGAUCAUCAACAAAAAGAUGAUGACGAUAUUCCAGUAAAUAAUUCUUCUAAGAAAAAAUGCAGUCGCCAACUAAAUCCAGAUCAAUGGAAAAAAAACAUUAUAAAAAGAAAAAGAAAUACUGGUGAAGCAUACGUAAUGCAGUCAACCAACAAAAUCAGAGAAGAAAGAAAAGUCAAAGAAGAAUGUUCUGAAAGAUGCAUAUUAAAAUGUCCAUCAAAUUUUAAUGAAGAUGAUAGAAAAAACAUCUUCCAAUCUUAUUGGUCCACGGGUGAUGUAAAUAAGCAAAGAGAAUUCAUUCUUAAAAGUAUGAACAUUAUUACUCCAAAAUACAGAUCCACUAAGAAUUCAGAAAAGCCAAGAGACAAUAACAAUGCAUUUUUCUUUAGUAAAAAUAAUAAAAAGCUUCGAGUUUGUAAGAUGUUUUUUAGAAAUACUUUAGAUAUAAGUGAUAGUAAAAUACGUACCGUUUUGGAAAAGCGAAAGAAAAUGUAUGCAACUAUGCAACUUGAACCAGAUAUGCGAGGCAAAAAAAAAGCAAAUAUAAAAUCGGAAUAAGUUUUAUGUGAAAGGGGAUUUGAUAAUGUAUCGGUUACAUUUGUAGACAAGAAACUCAUUAUUUCAGAGCCAAAUGCAAUAUUAAUUUAAUUUUUGAUAAUUCUCAUGGGCAUUGUGGUGAUAAUUCUCUGAUUGACAGACCACGUAAUUCGAUAAGAUAAUAAACAAUGGAGUGCUUUAUGAAAGCAAAACAACUGAAACAUUUUAUGAGGAGCCUGAGAAUUAAAUCGGCUAAACUAUGCUCUUAUUUUAUUUUAUAUUAAAAAAUAAAAAGUUUUAAAUUCAACU